AUGCAAUUACCUCCAGGUAUGAACACUUGCAAAGAAGGAUUGGUAUGUAAGCUAACAAAAUCUCUAUAUGGCUUAAAGCAAGCUAGCAGGCAAUGGUUUGAAAAACUAUCUUCUUAUCUUAUAUCUGUUAAAUAUAGCCAAUCCAAGUCUGAUCACUCAUUGUUUACCAAAAGAACUGCCACUGGUUUUACUGCUUUACUUGUAUAUGUGGAUGACAUUGUGUUAACAGGAAAUUCUAUGGAAGAAAUUAACCACAUAAAAGAGCUUUCGCAUAAAAAGUUUCGUAUUAAGGACCUUGGAGAGCUUAAAUAUUUUCUUGGACUUGAAGUAGCAAGAUCCAAGGAGGGAAUUCAUUUGUGCCAGAGAAAGUAUGCCUUGGACAUACUUGAGGAAACAGGAAUGCAAGGUUGCAAGCCUUCUUCUACCCCUUUUCUGAGAGACACCAGCACACUAUACAAAGAGGACAACUAUCUGGCCAACCCUGAAUCCUAUAGAAGAUUGAUAGGGAAGUUACUCUACCUCACCAAUACCAGACCUGACUUAUGUUUUACUGUCAAUCUUCUCAGCCAAUCAAUGCAAUCUCCCACUCAUUAUCAUUAUCAAGCUAUUCAACAUAUUCUCAGAUAUAUAAAAUCCUCACCUUCUGAAGGGUUAUUCUUUGCAGCUAAUUCACCUAAACAACUAAAGGCCUUUAGCGACUCCGAUUGGCCCACAUGUCCCAACACAAGGAGAUCCACUACGGGGUUUUGCGUGUUCCUUGGAUCAUCACUCAUUUCCUGGAAAUCUAAGAAGCAGAAGACUGUUUCCAGAUCUUCCACUAAAGCAGAGUAUAGGGCUCUUGCUGCCACCGUAUGCGAAAUACAGUGGCUUCAUUAUCUUUUGCAAGAUUUUCAAAUUGAAGAGGUUGGGGUACCUAUUUUAUAUUACGACAACAGAUCAGCACGACACAUCGCUCACAAUUAG